AUGAGAAUUCUACAACCAUUCAUGGAGCAUUCGCUCUUGAUUCUCAUCACGACUUUCCUAGUAUGUCAGGUCACAUUGGUGGUUUAUCGACUUUACUUUAGUCCUCUGGCUAAGUUUCCAGGUCCUAAAUUGGCGGCGGCAAGUCUCUGCAAGAGGAAGUUCCUCGAGGAAGAGAAAGAUUGCCUCAUUGUGGUGUCUUUGCAAGAGAUGAGGUAUGAGUUCUACUAUGAUGUUUGGCGUGAUGGACAAUUUACUUUUAAGAUCAGAGAGUUGCAUAAGGUUUAUGGUCCCAUCAUCCGCAUCUCUCCUCAUCAACUUCACGUCUACGACCCCGCUUUCUAUGAAGAAUUGUAUUCUCAACACAAAGUCCGUCACAAGUAUGCCUACUUCCUCGAUCGUUUCCAACUUCCAGGUUCAGCUUUCGGAAGUGUCGAUCAUAAACUUCAUCGAGAAAGACGCGCUGCUCUCAAUAAAUAUCUCUCAAAGCAAACGAUCAAGAAAUUGGAACCUAUGUUACUUGAUAUGCUUGAUAAAUUAUGUAGAAGAAUUGAAGAGUUUAAGGAAAAGGGUGAGAAGUUGGAUAUGAGAGUUGUUUAUCAGUGUUUUAUAACUGAUGUUAUUACUUUGUACGCACUAAAUCGUUCCUGGAAUCAUCUUGAUUCUCCCAAUUUCUCACCCCUCUGGGUCGAAACCAUAGCCGAAACCGUCAAAUUAGGCCAUCUCCUAACACAAUUUCCUAUCCUCCUACCUAUUUCUCUAGGACUUCCCAGAUGGUUUUUAAAGAUCACCAAACCUGGUUUUGCCAUGCUCAUGGAUUUUCGCAAGGCAAUUGAAGUAGACACCCAGAAUAUCCUUGAUGGUAACUACAAAUUUGAUCCCGAUAAAGGUAAUGGAAUUGAAGGAACAAUCGUACAUGCAAUUCUGGAAUCAGAUGAAAUCCCUCCUUCGGAAAAAGAGUUUCAAAGAUUAUUUGAAGAAGCAUUUGUACUAAUUGGAGCUGGGAGCGAUACGGUGUCGAACAUGUUGACUAACACACAUUUCCAUCUUCUCGAUAAUCCACAACAUCUGAAAACGUUGAGAGAUGAAUUAAAAUCAGUUAUGCAGGAUCGAUACGCAAGAGCUUGUCUGAAAGAUCUUGAAGGCCUUCCCUUUUUAAAUGCUGUUACUAAUGAAGGUUUGAGACUUUCUUAUGGUGUAUCAACUCGUCUUCCUCGUAUAUCUCCUUAUGAAGUUAUGAUGUAUAAAGAUUGGGAGAUUCCUGCUGGUACACCCGUCUCCAUGACCUCCGUCCAUAUGCACCAAAACCCCGAUAUCUUCCCCGACCCACUGACAUUCAACCCCUACCGCUGGCUCACCACUUCCUCUCCCACCAAUAAUUCUUCCACCACUGCACCCCUUCAAACCCUUACCCCUGACAAAACUCUCGAAAAAUAUCUCGUCGCUUUUGGCAAAGGAUCGCGCUCCUGCGCAGGCAUCAAUCUGGCCAAAACCGAAAUCUUACUCACGCUCGCGACCAUCUUUAGAAGAUAUGAAGUACAGGAGUUGGUGGAGACGGAUAGGAGAGAUGUGGAGAUGAAGAGGGAUUUGUUUUUGCCGUUUCCGGAGGUGGGGAGGGGAGGUGUAAGGGUUAGGUAUGGAUAG